UUCGUUUAGUUUCUCAGUCGAGCCUGAGAUUUUCAACAAAACACAACCUACACAUUUUCCAAAUCCAGAUCCAAAUCGGUUAGGAUGGAGCUUCCCAGGUUGACUAGCGGCAAGAGCUCCCGUUCCAAGGGGCAUCAGAAGAACACGGACGCCGAACAGAAGCAGACAGAGAAAGAUGCCGCCCAGAAGACGACGACCGAGGACGCGGCAUCCACCUCCACUGCAGUUCCCAGCACCAUUCCAGCACGGAUCCCUACCUCGGAGGAUACAAUAGCGCUGGCCUCGGCUGUGGUCGCCACACUUCCGGGGACGCCGCUGGUGCCUUCGCAAACCUCCAACGAGCGGCGUGACUCCACUGUUGUGCUGCCCGUGGCCCCGGUGCCGCCCGCACAAACACCCCAACCCACGCCUGCCCCUGAGUCCACGGAUGGUGACGAUACUGAGGAGGCUGCGUCGGAAAGGCGCGGCAUCAUCCACCGCCUUUUUGGAUGGAACUGAAUACUUCAAAAUUACUAUAGUUUCUAAAUAAUACUCGCCUACUCUUCUAAGGCUCGAAUUAAUACACAAAACCAACGGCAGAGCCACCAAAAA